GCCAUUGCCAGUCCGCCUCCCGCACCGCGCCCGCACCGCCGCAGCACCUCCGCCGCAGCACCUCCGUCGCUACGUAAUCGUCCCCGCACGCUCGCCCACACCGCGACCGCGUCGCCUGCCGGCCUGAGGCCCGCCAGCUGAGGCACACCCGCGGACGCACACGCGCACCAGCACCGACUCGCACCAGCAGGCACCGACGCCAUGGCGACCGUGGGGCGCAGGCGCAGCAUCACAUCGUCGCUGGGGCGCCGGAGCCGCGAGCAGUUGGCCGCCCCGGCCGACCGCCUCUCCAAGAGCGCCAGCACCUCGGCGCUGUCGGUGGGCAGCGACGGGCAGGGCGACGCCCUGGACGGCGCGCUCGAUCGCCUGCGCAGCCGUGCCUCGGACGACGGCCGCAGCGACAGCUCGUCGACGCACCACCAGCGCCGCCUGUCGGGCCUGUUCAAGCGCAAGAAGCGCGCGCCGCACAGCAGCGGCCACGGCAGCAGAGACGACCUUGCCCAGCAACACGCCGAUACGACGGCCGACACGACGCGCCCCGGCCCUGACGCGCGCAGCCAGAGCGACGACUCGCUGGGGCUGCACCGCAGCGUGGCCAGCAGCCUGCUCACCGACGACUCCGACUCGGAGCCCGCAGCCUCGCCCGCACCUCGCCCGGGCAUAUCACCGCACAACUCCCAUGCCGGCCUGCUGACCCUCUCCUCGCCCCUGAUCGCCUCCGAGACCCUCGACUCGCUCGCUUCUGCCUCCUCCGCCGAUGCCACCCUCGUCAACUCGCUGACCUCCGACGAGCCCGCCUCCACCCGCACCGCUCCCACCGUCGACGCUGCGCCCAACAAGCGUGGAGUCUCGCCCGUCGGCAAGCUGAAGGAGGCCUUCACUCCCACCCGCCGCGGCACCUCGCCCAAGCCCCGCGCCGACACCGACAGCGUCAAGCCAGGCACCGGCGCUGGAGCACUCGGCUCGCUCUUUGGAGGGAAGAAGCGCGAACAGCGGGUCCUGGACGACCCCAUUGUGGCCUCCCCGCCCCAGAUCCACGUUCCGUCUGAGAAGCAGUCGUCGCCGUCCCUGCGGUCGCUAGGUCCGACGCCCAUCAUCACCCGUCUUCCUGCAACCCCUCCAAACACAGUCGACGCCCCCACUACCUUUGUCACACCGCCCACCCCUGUAGAUGGGCCUGGACCCUCGCCAACCGAAUCUCUGCACUCAAGAAACGGCACCAAGCACAGUCCUUCCCAGUCGAACCCCAACGUAGUCGUCUCCCCUUCGGGGAACAUGAUAUCGCACAGACGCGUGCGCUCAACUUCAAACGCCCCAAGCAAGCUCUCCAACUACAUCUCGGCACCGCUCACCCCUCAUCCCGAGGAAGCAAAGACCCCUGGGGGCACCGCUGUACUCAACUCGCCCAAUACCGGUUUCUUUUCGUCCGUCUUCUCCGCCGCACAGAACGCUGCGAACCAGUUUAGCAACACUAUUACGCAGAACACCGUGCCCAAGAACAAGACAGACAAGCAGCAGCCCAAGGAAGCAGAGGAAAGCAAAGACGAAGGAGAAAAAGUCACUGGUCCCACAACUGUCGAACCAACAACUGAAGGAGCUGAAAAGAAGCGGCCAGCUAUUGAGACACUUGGGUCUGGAAAUCUCAGUCUAGCACAGCUUGGCAUAGCAGAGAGCAACGAGGUUAGCCCCAUGUCCUCCGCCACGAACGUCACCAUGAAGGCCGACGAAGCCUCCGCAAAGGUCGAGGACGCGGCGGCUGCAGAUGCUGUCUCAGCAGCUUACGCAGCACAACCUACACCGAUCAUCAAUGAACGUCCGCGCUCGCUUACCGUCGAAUCUGGAGGAGCUGGUGCCGCUUCACCCAAGCGGGAUGGCGAUAUCACAGAUUCCCCAGCUGCUGGCUCAGUUCAGAGGCAAGGAAGCAUCCGCAGCCGCAUCAGCGGUGGAGGAGGAAAAAGAAGACGGCACAGGGGUAGCUCCGCUGCCACUGGCACUACCGUUCCUACUGCCUUUGGAGGUAGCACCACCAAUUUGGCUCCUGCAUCUGCAUUACAAGGCCACCGACUGAACGGUACCGGCUUUGCUGUGGCGCCGCCAAAGCGCAACAAGGACUUUCACAAUCUCUUCAAGAGCGUCCCAGAAGACGACUAUCUAAUCGAGGACUACAGCGCAGCACUCCAGAAGGAGAUCCUGCUCCACGGUCGAUUAUACGUCAGCGAGGGCCAUCUCUGCUUCUCCAGCAAUAUCCUGGGUUGGGUGACUAAUCUUGUCAUUAGCUUUGAUGAAGUCGUGUCUGUUGAGAAGAAGUCGACCGCCGUGCUUUUCCCCAACGCCAUCGUCAUCCAAACACUUCAUGCUCGCAACGUGUUCGCUUCAUUUCUGGCUCGAGACUCCACCUACGAUCUGAUUAUCGGCAUCUGGAAAAUAUCACACCCCAAUCUAAAGUCUUCGCUGAACGGCGUGACACUCGAUGGUGCUGCUGGUACUGGCGACAAGACCGAAAAGGCCGAAUCGAUCGUUAGCGAUGAGGGGACCAGCGAAUCUGACGACGAAGUCUAUGAUGAGGAUGCAGAUGACGAUGACGGCAUUGGUAGUUUCACUGAAGCUGGUGAGGGCAGUGUGGCUGGAAGCGAAAUCGGCUCUACGGCAGGCGAUGCACCAGCAGCACGCAAGGUCAGCGCCGCCGUUGCCCAAGCGGUGGGCAGUGGCGGGCAGACUACUGAGACAGCAAAGGCUGCCUCGAAUGGCGCUGCAGCGGCAACUAACGAUUUCCCUGGUUCCGCAACCCACGCGGCCUCAGAUUGUGCUGACGCUGAUAAGCACUACGACAAGCUGCUAAUCGACACAACCAUUCCGGCGCCUCUGGGCAAAGUCUACAGCCUGAUGUUUGGUCCAGCCGCUGAUGUCUUCAUGCGAAAAUGGUUGAUCGAGGACCAGAAAUCAAUGGACCUGCAGAUGGAGCACGACAAGGACGGCCUGGGCGAGAAGAAGACGACAUUCAACUACGCGUAUACUAAACCACUAUCCGCACCAGUCGGGCCUCGACAGACAAGAUGUAACAUCGAGAUGACACUCGAGCAGUACGACCUUGAGAGAGCCGUCAGCGUGAAUUGCAGCACGCAAACACCUGACGUCCCGAGCGGCAACAUCUUCCUCACGAAGACAAGAUACUGUCUGAUGUGGGGACCGGGCAAUAGCACGCGACUGAUUAUGACGUUCACAGUGGAAUGGAGCGGCAAGAGCUGGCUGAGAGGACCUAUCGAGAAGGGUGCAAACGAUGGCCAAAUGUCUUAUGCUACCUCCCUCACAGCUGCACUGCGCACUGCUGUAGCCUCCAAGAUUACCUCUGGCCCCAAGACACCAGGACGCAACGGAAAGUCUAAGAAGCGAUCCAAGACUGCAGCCCUGGAGGAAGCGCCCGUUAUCGCCGCACCUGUCGCUCCCCAAGCAAAGCAAAGCGACUGGGGCCUCCUCGAACCGAUCCGUCUUAUUGUUCCCUUCUCCGACACGAUCGAGUCUCUGUUCACACCGCAAAUCAUCAUCACCGUCCUCGGCGCCCUGCUAAUGUACUCCUGGUUCUUCCGCGGCACACCCGCCGGCGUCUCCGGCCCCAACCACUGGAACACGCACCAGCGCCAAGUCGCCUACGACGAAAUCUGGCGGCACGAGGAAAGCGAGCUGUGGAAAUGGCUCGAGCACCGCGUCGCCAUCGACCGCGUCCAGCACGAAGCCGCGUACAAAUUCACGCCCGACGCGGCCCAACGCGUCGAGCCCAAAAACAUGAAGGAGCGCGAGAUCGACGAGGCCAUCCGCGUCACCGAGCAGAAACUCGCCGAGCUCAAGGGCUCCGUCGAGAAGGAGAGGCUGCGCAGUAGAACAAACAGCCCCAUGGAAAAAGCGACGUGAUCCCGCUGCGCCUCAAAGGAGUAGAAUGCAGAGAGCCGCACGCACACAUAGACGGGGAGGAGUGUUGUAUAUUACGCAUGGCGAUGGCGUUUCCCUGCUUCAUUUUUGUUUCGUUUUGUCGUCUCUUUUUUUUCCCUUGUUUCUCGGUCUCGUUUGUCGUUUCCUUGCGUCUUGGAUCAAAGCUUGUGUUGUUCAGCGCUGCAUAGCAGCGUCCUUGGGCCCGUGUGGCCGUGUUUCAUAGCGUUUGGGGGGUUGUGAAGAAUACAUCCUGUAGAGUCCACAAUCGUUGCCUGUGCCUGUGCCUGUUCGAAACUGGUGUGGCUUGAUGUGUGUGGUCCGGCGUCUGCGCUAACGUGAUCGAUAUGCUGCCUGAAGUGAGUGAGCACUACGAUCAC